AUGUGGAUCUCCUCAUCCCACACACACCGGAUAAAAAUGGUGAGAGAAUGGAAAUCAGUGGCAGAAGAUGGCGGAGGAGGUAACAUCUACGGCGGUUUUGCAGACCAUGCGAUUAUGAUCUUCUGGGCUGCGCUGUUCACCUUCUCCAUCAUCACAACUCUCAUCUUCUCCUGUGCAGAUGGUGCGUCCAAAGACAACGUCUCAGAUCCCCACAACCACGCUUCCGCCUGUGGUGGUGGCUGCGGUGGUGGUUGUGGUGGUUAA